AUGGCCUCCUCUCGAGAGGACAUCGCAGCCUCGCUAGUUGCUUACCACUCAUUCAUCGCGGCCCAGAACCGUUGUGCUCUCGAGGUAUACGUACUGUUCAUCGCCACCGCAGUGCAGAACGACCUAGAAAACGACGAGGACAUCAAAAAGCUCCGUCUAGACGGCCUACACACGCUUCUUGACACCACCCUCCAAGACUUUAACCUUUCAGAGUCUAGCAAGGUUCAUACACGUUAUGAUAAGCUAGCGCCAAAGAUUAGCCUCAACGGCACUUACGUAAUACCCAGAAGCACCCCGAGUAAGCCCAAGGCUACGCGCUGCAAGUACCUCUCUGUUAUUAAAGAGACUCUAGAGGAAAAGUCUAGAAAGGACAUUUAA